CCUAAUUCUAUAUAUAUUCUUUUGAAAGAAACCAGUACCGAACUGCCAACAAAGCCAGCAAAUUGAAUUCUCAAAGCUAGAUCCACAACAAAAACUAAAGAAAGAUGAUCCCAGAACUCUUUGGUAAUGGUGCUAGUGCUUCCCUCAUACCAAGUGAAAGAAACUACUCUUCCAUUAAUGGAGGAGUUGGAGGAGGACUUUUACUUCAACAAACAACAACACAGCCUCCUUCUUCUUCUCCAUGUCCAUCUUCCACAACCACCACCCCCACCACCACUUCCACACCAACCACUACCCCUUCAUCUGAAAACCAACAAAGUCUUAGGUGUCCACGAUGUGAUUCAUCAAACACUAAGUUCUGCUACUACAACAACUACAACCUCACUCAGCCGCGCCAUUUCUGCAAAACAUGUCGUCGUUACUGGACCAAAGGCGGUGCUUUACGUAACGUCCCCAUCGGAGGAGGCUGCCGGAAGAACAGAAACAUUGGCGCGUCGAACAUCCCGGCAAAAACAACAGCAAACAAGAUGAAGACGGUUGCAUCGGAGUUUAUGGGAAGGACAAGUAACCAGGGGUUUGAUCUGGAACAUAUUGUUCCACCACCAAGCCAAAUCCUUUGGGGUUCUCCACAAAAUUCUCAUCUACUUUCCUUGCUAAGAUCUAACCAAAACCCUAACCCUAACCUUGUUAAGGAAGAAGGGAAUAACUUAAUAGGGUCCCAUGUUUCUCACAUGAUGAGUUCUCAGCCGUUGGUUUCAUCAAAUGGUUAUGAUGGUAUUGGGCAUGUUCUAUGCAACCCAUUUUGGAGAAACAAUCAUGAUCAAACUCAACAAUUACAAAAUGGUGGCUUUGUUCUUGGGGAACAACAUCAACAACAGCAACAUCAGCAUCAAAGCAGUGGAAUCCAAGAACUUUACCAGAAGCUAAGGUCAUCAACAUCAUCAUCAUCAGGUAAUAAUUAUUGCAGCGAGAUUUCAUCUUCACCAACAGUGUUACUAGGGAACGUGGCUUCUAACACCUCUACCAUAUCAAACAUUUUGGAGACAACUUCAGUUCCUGGUGCUGAACUAGGCUACUGGAAUCCAAUUCCAACCCUUACUUGGUCUGAUCUUCCAACCACCAAUGGUGCAUAUAUCCAUAACAGCAAUAACUAAUCUUUUCUUUUUAGAUAGUAGCAUAGGUUUUGCAUCUUAGUGUAUGUUUGUAUUGCGGUGAAUUAUACAAAAUGAUCGGUGUUACCGUAAUUUUGCUAUAACUCUAAAGUGUAGUUUUUGUCGAAAUCACGGCGUCUCGUUAUGAUUUUGACAAUCCUACCAUCAAUUCAAGCAUGCAUUAAUUUGUAUCUUAGAGUUUGUUUCUAUGGUGUGGUUGAUUUUGGUUUGGUUUGGGUGGUAUAUGAAUGUUGAUCAUCAUGCAAUAAUUUGUAUCUUACUGUUUUUUAUUUAAGUUUAGUUGAUUGUGUGAUUA